AUGUCCCGAGUCCCGUCUGGCAUGAUGCUGAAGUACUCCUCCUCACGCCUGCUGGAACUCAAUAAACACAUCAUUCCACCGUGUGUUUCUCUCUUCAAACAACUUGGACUUCUCCGCCGACCGCGCUACAUUCACCGAAGCUCUCGCCAACAGUUUGUUUACUCCCAGCCCGUCCACCGUUCCCCAUCCACCUGCCCAGCUGUGCGCACCGCUGCUACACCGUCAUGUCAUCAGAGUGCUGCUGCUCCUGGAGUAUGUAGCACCGGAAACACUGUGAAGGCGCUGCUGUCUGGGCAGCUUCCAAAAUACGGAGUGGAUUACGGUGUUCCCAGUAUUGUCAGCACGCGAAACACCACAAGAGCGCUGCAAACUGGGCUGCAUGUAAAACGCGGUGUGGAUCACAGUGCUCUCAGACCUCUUCAGAGAUUCAUCACUUCACCAACAAUAAAAAUGGAACUUUUCAAUACACAAUCACUCACACUCAAAUCAACACUCAUUCAUGAUCGCAUCGUGGACAAGGACCUGGACCUCAUGUGCCUCACUGAAACCUGGCACCAGCCUGAGGUCUAUUCUGCCUUACAUCAAGCCUGUCCUCCUGGUUAUUGCUACUUCCAGAAAGCUCGCAGCACUGGUCGGGUAGGUGGUGGUUUAGCCAUUUUUUAUAAAAAUGAGCUCAAUCUGUCUUCCCUUCCCCUCCCUUCACCAUCCUCCUUUGAAUGCAUGGCAAUUAAAUGUAAACCACCCUACAAUACGACAAUACUGCUAAUUUACCGGCCACCCAAGCUUAAACCAAAUUCAGUUUUCAUUUCUGAAAUCCACGACCUCUUCACAUCGCUCUGCACCACACCAGGAAAUAUCAUAAUCCUCGGCGAUAUGAACAUCCAUGUCGAUAAUCCCUCCUGCCCCUUUGCUGCUGAAUUUCUACAAUUGCUGGACUGCCUCAAUCUUACACAACACGUACAUGUCCCCACACACAGUAAAGGCAACACACUGGACUUAAUCAUCACAAACUCCGCCCCACUUAGCAAUCUGGCCACAUACGGAUUGGGCGUGUCUGAUCACCUGGUCAUCUCCAUGGAACUGCCUUUCCCCCCCUCACACACCAAGCCAAAAUGUCAAAUCCAAUUCAGAGACCUAAAACACAUAAACUCUCACUCCCUCAUUUUGGACCUCCAUCACCUCUCCAAGGCCACCCAUUCAUCAGCAACUGAAUCAGUGGACUACUACAAUAAAUCCCUCAGCACUCUUCUGGACACUCAUGCCCCAGUUAAAACAAGACACUUUCUCACGUUCAGCUCUAUGGUUCACAAGCGAGCUGUGUAA